AUGGACUCAUCUCAUACCGCAAAGAGCAUCCUCAAAGCACACUCAUCCUCAAAUAUCGCAGAAGCAAGUUCCAAUCCUGCCUCCUCAAGAAUAAGAUGGGACGAAGACAAUCUCAUGAUGACCGAAGCUGCAAAGGGCGCUACCAUGAAAAUCACUGAACCAAAGACUCCCUACAUACACUACAAUGCUGAUACCGAUACCGUGCUAGGCACUUCUGCUAAUGUGGCAAUACCUCCCAUCGAACUCACAACUGCCAUGCAGCAAUACUCUGAUACUGUUGCCACUACCAACAAUACAAAGUCACCCUCUGUACGCUCCACGUCGGCGUCAAGCUUUGCGAGUAAUGGGUCAGAGUGGGAUGACUCGGACGAUGAUGAGGAGGCUGAUCCUGAAGAACAGGAACGCAGGAGGAAAUUCAAACAAAUGCGAGCCCAGCAUUACAACAUGAAGGAAGCCCUGAGAAAGGCCAAACAGGUGCAAGACGAGGCCGACGAAGAAGCAGCCAAUACUCCUAGACCGAUAGCUGACGAGGACGAAGAAGAAGAAGAAGAACACCAGAAUGGAAACAACAAUCAUAAUGAUGACGAAGAAGAGGAGGAGGAUGAUGACGACGAAGAAGAAUCACCACAACACAUAAGGCUCUCUCAACCAACAUCAAUACCAAAUAUCUCUGCCAGAAACUCGAUAUCAUCAAAUCAUAAUCAUCACAGCAAUAAUAACAUGGAUACCACAUCCUGA